AUGUCUGUCACAUCAAGUCGUUCCUCAAACUACGACGAGACCAUUCCGGAACAACACUUCCCCAUUGAAGAAGAAAUGUGGCAGCCCAAAAAGGUCGUAGUGAAGGAAUCAGACCCUCCAUCAGAGCUACGACAAUCUCAACGACGUAUGUCCGUAUCUACUGAAAACUCCAAUUCGACGCUUGCAUUGGAUUCUCCCGAAGAAGAAGUGGAUCUCAAGACACCCACAGUCCCUAAAAACAUGGUCGAAUCGACCACUUCGACCGUCAUCGAUGACGUUCACGAACCACUACUAAAACCAGAAUUGGCCGGACCAAUGGAAAAACUUCUUUACUCUUUACUUCGACAAGUUGCGACCGUCGAGCGAGGUCAUCCUACCAUCAUGGCUGAGGACUACGACAAGUUACAACAGAGAGUGACCGAACUGGAAGCUGAGAAGACCAGUGUAGUAGAGAAUUAUCAUGCUUUACUGGCAAUCCGCAACGAGGACCUGUUGAACUUGAUCAAAGUGCGAGAUAUGCUGGCUGAAGAACGACGAGAACACACAGCGAUACGAAAACUUCGGGAUGAGGAUUUGGAGAACGUGCUCGUGCUUCGAGAAAAGUUGGCUCAAGCAACGUGGACUAAGCCGCGAGGAUCAUCCACGACUCGGCUAUCAUAUCGACAAUCACGAACCGAAGGAGAUGACCUCUGGCAACAGGCCAAGACGGCAGCUAUGGAGCAGAGAAUUCUGGAGCUUGAGAAUGCUAACAAAGAACUCCGAGCGCGAGCUCAAGCUCCAGCUCAAGCGUCAGGCUUGACCGGUGGACCAACUGGAGAUAUUAUCCAUCGGGUCGAGACAAUGUUUGAAGAAGGUCUCAAAUAUCGCGAAAAGAUGGCAAUUAAGAUCCAACAGCUACGAUCGGAGAAGGAAGCUUUGCAGAAAGAUGUUGCGGCUUUGGAAGAUCGAAAUACUGAGCUUGAAGCACUGACGGAAAGGUUACAGAGAAAUCUUGACUUUUAG